ACAUGCCAAUGCCUGGUGCAGCUCAUGGAGGGAGCAAUCCCCCCUACCCCAACUACGGAGGUGCGCAACCCGGCUACCCAAGUACCGGCUACCCCCCAUAUCCUCCAGCAGGGGGUGGAGGAUACCCCCCUCAGGGUGGGCAGAACUACGGGGGGUUCCAGGGCUACCCCAACCAAGGACAGGGUUAUAUGGGUGGGAGUCAAGGCCAGUAUCCCCCCUUCUCAUAUGGCAGCAGUUCCAACCCUCCCUACCCUGCCACAACAGCAGGGUACCCAGCAACAUCUGCAGCGACAAAUCUAGCACAGCUAGGUACCGGGACUGCACCCUCGGAGGCUCACAUCCGGGCAUGCUCUGAGUGGAAGACAAGAUAGCAGGAGGCUGAGGGAAACUUUGCUCACAGGGC